AUGCAGUUUAGCUCAUGUAAUGUCAGGCUUUCACCUUAUAUCAUCCAGACAGUUCUUGGAGCUGUGUCAGUUUUUGGAACUCUCCCCGCACUGUACUUCAUCGAGGCUUGGGGUCGCCGAAAGUCCCUUCUACUUGGCGCAUCUGCGCAAGCUGUCUGCACUAAUCGUUCGUGCACAUUAUCCGUUGCUGUGGUUGGGCAUACCACCCUUGCGCCUACCGGAAUACCAACUUCGGCACUUACUGCUCGCAAUAGAGCUGGGAGCGACGUCGCUAUCGCUUUCGCAGUAUGUCAAGUGUUCAGCUUCGGUACAACUUGGGGACCUACUCCGUGGGUGUAUCUUGAGGAGUCUUUCCCUCUUCGAGUGCGCCCCAAGUCAAUUGCUCUCGGCAGCGCGACCAACUGGUUCUGGAACUUCAUGCUUUCAUUCUUCUCUCCAAGGAUUGUCGAUCGGAUUGGUCCAAUGAUAAUGUUGGUCUUUGGCAUGCUUGUCUUUGGAUAUAUCUAUGUAUAUUUUGCCAUUCCUGAAACCAAAGGUCUAACUUUAGAAGAGGUGGACGAGUUGUACCGCUCUGGCAUUCUGCCCUGGCGAUCAGUAGGCUGGCGACCGAGUGAGAAGUAUCAUCACGAAGUGCAUGAGAAAGGAGCUUCUGACUCGGUGGAGAAAUCCUGA